AUGCGGGCGGCGGUGGUGUGGGCGGCGGUGCUGUGGGCGGCCGGGGUGUGGGCGGCCGUGGAGGGGGCGCCGGAGAAGGCAGCCUCUCGGGGUUACUCCUUAACAACACAGUUCUCACCGGUAACUAUUCGUGUACAACUGUUCCUUCAGGUAACUAUUCGUGUACAACUGUUCCUUCAGGUAACUAUUCGUGUACAACUGUUCCUUCAGGUAACUAUUGUGUACAACUGUUCCUUCAGGUACGACGUCCAGGACGACAGCACUUACAGCAACUUCGGUCACUACGAGACCCGGGAAGGGGAGACCACAGGAGGAGAGUACUACGUGUACCUCCCAGACGGCCGCAAGCAACUAGUCAACUAUGUGGUAGAUGGUGCAUCCGGGUAUGUGGCCAGGGUCAGGUAUGAGGGAGAGUCUGGCGGGUACAGCUACAGCCCCGUCACCUAUGGUACCUUCAAGACAGGGUCCGCGGCCGCUUCUUCCGGAGCUGCAGCUGGCCUUGUUGCUUCACCACGAGAUGACUUUGAAGCUGGAUCAGAAGCUGGCUUUGGCUUCAGUGCUGAAAAAGGAUCAGGAACCGACUUCAGUGCUGGAAGAGGAUCAGGAGCUGGCUUCAGUGAAGAAGUAUCAGGGGCUGGCUUCGGUGGAGGAGCAUCAGGAGCUGGCUUCAGUGGAGGAGCAUCAGGAGCUGGCUUCGGUGGAGGAGCAUCAGGAGCUGGCUUCGGUGGAGGAGCAUCAGGAGCUGGCUUCGGUGGAGGAGCAUCAGGAGCUGGCUUCGGUGGAGGAGCAUCAGGAGCUGGCUUCGGUGGAGGAGCAUCAGGAGCUGGCUUCGGUGGAGGAGCAUCAGGAGCUGGCUUCGGUGGAGGAAAAUCAAAGGCAAGCUUCGGUGGAGCAUCAGGGGCUGGCUUCGGUGGAGCAUCAGGAGCUGGCUUCGGUAGAGGAGCCUCAGCAGCUGCCUUCAGCAGUAGAGCAUCAAAAGCUGGCUUCGGUGGAGGAGCAUCAGGAGCUGGCUUCGGUGCAGAAAAAGGAGCUACCUCUGGAGUCAGUGCUGGAUCAGGCUUCAGUACGGGAGCAGGCGGUGAAACUGGAUUCAGUUCAGGAUCGGGAGCUGGGUUCGGUGCUGGGUCAGGCUCAGGAACUGAUUUUAAGACUGGAUCAGGAACUGGCUUUAAGACUGGAUCAGGAACUGGCUUUAAGACUGGAUCAGGAGCUGGCUUCAGUGCUGGAUCAGGAAGUGGCUUUAAGACUGGAUCAGGUUCUGGCUUCGGUGCUGGAUCUGGAUCAGGAGCUGGCUUUGGUACUGGAUCAGGAGCAGGCUUCAGUUCAGGAUCAGGAGCUGGAUUAGGUUCUGACUUCAGUUCUAAAUCGGAAUCAGGAGCAGACUUCAAGACUGUAACAGGAUCAGGAGCUGGCUUCACUGCUGGAUCAGGGGCCGACUUUGGUGCAGUAACAGCAUCAGGAGCUGGGUUUGGUGCAGAAAAAGGAGGCACCUCUGCAUUCAGUACAGCAGCAGGUGGGGAAACUGGCUUUGGUGGAGCAGGAUCAGGAGCAGGCUUUGGUAAAACAGAAUCAGGAUCAGGCUUUGGUAAAACAGAAUCAGGAUCAGGCUUUGGUGGAGCAGGAUCAGGAGCUGGCUUUGGUGUAGCAGGAACUGGCUUUGGUGGUGCAGGAUCAGGAGCUGGCUUUGGUGUAGCAGGAGCAGGAACUGGCUUUGGUGGUGCAGGAUCAGGAGCUGGCUUUGGUGGAGCAGGAGCUGGCUUUGGUAAAACAGAAUCAGGAGCUGGCUUUGGUGGAGCAGGAGCUGGCUUUGGUAAAACAGAAUCAGGAGCUGGCUUUGGUGGAUCAGGAGCUGGCUUUGGUGGAGCAGGAUCAGGAGCUGGCUUUGGUAAAACAGAAACAGCUGGCUUUGGUGGAGCAGAAUCUGGAGCUGGCUUUGGUAAAACAGAAUCAGCUGGUUUUGGUGGAGCAGGAACUGGCUUUGGUGGAGCAGGAGCUGGCUUUGGUGGAGCAGGAGCUGGCUUUGGUGGAUCAGGAGCUGGCUUUGGUGGAGCAGGAUCAGGAGCUGGCUUUGGUGGAACAGGAUCAGCUGGCUUUGGUAAAACAGAAUCAGCUGGCUUUGGUAAAACAGAAUCAGCUGGCUUUGGUGGAGCAGGAUCUGGAGCUGGCUUUGGUGGAGCAGGAGCAGCUGGCUUUGGUAAAACAGAAUCAGCUGGCUUUGGUGGAGCAGGAUCAGGAGCUGGCUUUGGUAAAAUAGAAUCAGCUGGCUUUGGUAAAAUAGAAUCAGCUGGCUUUGGUGGAGCAGGAGCAGGAGCAGGCUUUGGAGCAGGAGUUGGCUUUGGUGGAGCAGGAGCAGGAGCUGGCUUUGGUGGAGCAGGAGCUGGCUUUGGUGGAGCAGGAGCAGGAGCUGGCUUUGGUGGAGCAGGAGCUGGCUUUGGUGGAGCAGGAGCAGGAGCUGGCUUUGGUGGAGCAGGAGCUGGCUUUGGUGGAGCAGGAGCUGGCUUUGGUGGAGCAGGAACUGGCUUUGGUGGAGCAGGAGCUGGCUUUGGUAAAACAGAAUCAGCUGGCUUUGGUGGAGCAGGAGCUGGAGUUGGCUUUGGUGGAGCAGGAGCUGGCUUUGGUAAAACAGAAUCAGCUGGCUUUGGUGGAGCAGGAGCUGGCUUUGGUAAACCAGAAUCAGCUGGCUUUGGUAAAACGGAAUCAGCUGGCUUUGGUGGAGCAGGAGCCGACUUUGGUGGAGCAGAAUCAGGAGCUGGCUUUGGUGGAGCAGAAUCAGGAGCUGGCUUUGGUGGAGCAGGAGCAGGAGCUGGCUUUGAUGGAGCAGGAUCAGGAGCUGGCUUUGGUGGAGCAGAAUCAGGAACUGGCUUUGAUGGAGCAGAAUCAGGAGCUGGCUUUGGUGGAGCAGAAUCAGGAGCUGGCUUUGGAGGAGCAGGAGCUGGCUUUGGUAAAACAGAAUUUGGUGGAGCAGGAUCUGGAGCUGGCUUUGGUGGUGCAGGAUCUGGAGCUGGCUUUGGUAAAACAGAUUCAGCUGGCUUUGAUGGAGCAGGAUCUGAAGCUGGCUUUGGUAAAACUGAAUCAGGAGCUGGCUUUGGUGGCACAGGAACUGGCUUUGGUGAAGCAGGAGCUGGCUUUGGUGGAGCAGGAUCAGGAGCUGGCUUUGAUGGAGCAGGAUCUGGAGCUGGCUUUGGUGAAGCAGGAGCUGGCUUUGGUGUAGCAGGAUCUGGAGCUGGCUUUGGUAAAACAGAAUCAGAUGGCGGCUUUGGUGGAGCAGGAUCAGGAGCUGGCUUUGGAGCAGGAUCAGGAGCUGGCUUUGGUGGAGCAGGAUCAGGAGCUGGCUUUGGUAAAACAGAAUCAGAUGGUGGCUUUGGUGGAGCAGGAUCAGGAGCUGGCUUUGGUGGAGCAGGAUCAGGAGCUGGCUUUGGUGGAGCAGGAUCAGCUGGCAUUGGUGAAGCAGGAUCUGGAGCUGGCUUUGGUAAAACAGAAUCAGGAGCUGGCUUUGGUGGAGCAGGAGCUGGCUUUGGUGAAGCAGGAUCUGGAGCUGGCGUUGGUAAAACAGAAUCAGGAGCCGACUUUGGUGGAGCAGGAUCAGGAGCUGGCUUUGGUGGAGCAGGAUCAGGUAGCGGCUUUGGUGAAGGAUUUACCUCGGGCCUCACUGCUGGAGGCGGCUCUGAAGGCGGUGGUAGUGGAGGCAUCGACGCUCAAGCUCUAACACGCGGACAGAGUGAAAAUACACUUGAAGAAGGCUUCGAGUCUGAAGGCAUAAAAGAGAAUGUAUUAGGUCAAUUUGGUGGGGCUGAAGCCAGCGGGUUUAAUGCUGAACAUGUAGCUGGUACUGACGGCUUUACAGCUGGCCAAGCAGGAGCUGGAAGUCAUUUUGAAGUAAGCCAGGAAGUUAGUGAUGAAGGCUUUGAUAGUCACACAAAGGACAGUGGUGAAUCUGAUGAGAAAGGAAGCAGUAAUGGCUUUGACACCUCAGAAGGCAGCGAUGACUUUGGUGCUGGUCACUCAGGAGGCAGCGAUGGCUUUGGUGCCGGUCACUCAGGAGGCAGCGAUGGCUUUGGUGCCGGUCACUCAGGAGGCAGCGAUGGCUUUGGUGCCGGUCACUCAGGAGGCAGCGAUGGCUUUGGUGCCGGUCACUCAGGAGGCAGCGAUGGCUUUGGUGCCGGUCACUCAGGAGGCAGCGAUGGCUUUGGUGCCGGUCACUCUGGAGGCAGCGAUGGCUUUGGUGCCGGUCACUCUGGAGGCAGCGAUGGCUUUGGUGCCGGUCACUCAGGAGAUGGCUUCAGUGCAGGUCAAACUGGAGGUAGCUUCAGUGCAGGUCAAACUGGAGGUAGCUUCAGUGUAGGUCAAACUGGAGGUGGCUUCAGUGUAGGUCAAACUGGAGGUGGCUUCAGUGCAGGUCAAACUGGAGGUAGCUUCAGUGCAGGUCAAACUGGAGGUAGCUUCAGUGCAGGUCAAACUGGAGGUAGCUUCAGUGCAGAUCAAACUGGAGGUAGCUUCAGUGCAGGUCAAACUGGAGGUAGCUUCAGUGCAGGUCAAACUGGAGGUAGCUUCAGUGCAGGUCAAACUGGAGGUAGCUUCAGUGCAGGUCAAACUGGAAGUGGAGGCAGCUUUGGAGUUAGUCAUACGGGUGGAAGUGGCAUUACUGUAAGCCACACAGGUGGCAGUGGCGGAUUUAGUACACAACAAACAGGUGGUGCCAGCUUUACCACUGUAAGACCAAUUGUUAGUACUACAAUCAGUAAACCAAUACUCGACUCGGCUGCACUCGGCUCUGGCGGCAAGUUCGCGUCGGGAAGAGGGUCUGUUAGAGUCACCAGUCCUGCUCCUGUAGCCAGUUCUUUCAUCUCGACUCCUGCUCCUGUAAUUAAUAUUGGAAGUCACUCUGCCCAAACAGGUUUCAGUGGUGGACAGUCAGUAGUUGGAAUACCAGCUGGACAAAUAGGCAUUCUUGGCUUCGCCGGACGAAGUGCAGGUGUGGGUGGAUUUAGCGGACAGCCAAUAAAGGGGGGUUUCACCAUUAAGUCAGGUUCUGGCAGUAUUACACCAAGGGGAGCAUCUGUUGGUGUUGUAAACUCUUUUCCUGUUACCAAUACUUUUAUUUCAACUCCAGCACCCAAUACCAUUGUUAGUCCAACAGGUAAAGCGGGAUUUGGACAUUCUCUAGGUAGUUUUAUCGGCAGUACAACUGUAAGCAGUAGUUCAGGAAGUAGCAGCUUUUCUACCCUGAGGCCAAAUCUAAACUCAUUUGGGGUGACCUCUGGCACUGAGUUUGCUUCUGGCGGAGGUUCUGGCACUGGGUUUGCAUCAGGUGCAGGCUCUGGUAUUAUAAGAGUUACUCCUGUAGCUCUCUUCUCAACCCCCGCUCCUGUGAUUAAUGCAGCACAACACUCAACCAAAACAGGGUUCAGUGGUAGACAAAUUGGUGCAGGUGGAUUUCAUAAACAACUUGGUGGUAAGUCAGCUGGUGUGAACGAACAUGCUGUUCAAGAAGCUAGAGGAGGUUUAAUAAGUGCCGGUCAAAUAUCGAGUAAUUCUCUAUCAAUUGGAGGUGGAAGAGCAUUCAGUGGAAGUCAAGGAUCAGGUAACAUUUUUUCAAGUGGUGGAGGCGGUUCAGCUUCUGGAAUUGUAAGCGUCAAUCCUGUCACAAGUGCUCUGGUUUCUACAGGACCAACAGUCACAUUUGGAAGCCAGAUAGGAUUUGGUGGUGGACACAUUGCAAGCAAUGGAUUUAGCAGUGGACAAAUUGCAAGCAGUGGAUUUGGUGGUCAAUCCGCCAAUUUCAAUAUUGGAAAGAGCAGUCGGAGAUCUUUAGGUGGCAAUAUCCACGUAAACCAGGGCCAACCCAUCGUUGCUGCCACAGUGAGAACGGUGGAUGCUUCACCGGCCAAUGUACUAAAUACCCUCGUUAAUGCUUCAAGGAAUAAGGUCCAGAUUGCACCUGCAAGUCAAGUGAUUGCUCUCGGAUCUCUUUCUGGAACUGCUAAAAACAAGGUUUAA